AUGGGCGAGGAUUUCCUAUCCAUUUCGUCGUGGAAAGUUGAGUUGAUCAUCGCCACUCAAAUCCGAAUUUCCGAUCGGCACCAUCUCUCAACGGUCACAACGGCCUCGAGUGACAUCGCUUUCUCAUCUCUUUUCCGCACAGGCGCCUUCAUUGCAAUCGACAUUCUUCUGGAAAGGUUGCAUUAUGAGAAGACCGUCGACGUUUACGGUGUCGUGUGUGGCAUGCGGAGGCAACGCAACUUCAUGGUGCAAACAGAAGACCAAUACAUCUUCAUCUAUGACGCCAUCUUGGAGGCGGUAACCGACGGCAACACGGAGGUGUUGGCGCGCAAUUUGUACACCCACGUCCAGCACCUGGGAGUACAACAACAAGGUAACCGAACUGUUUACUGUCUGAUCUGA